AUGAGAGACGGCGGCGGCCGCGGCCCAGAGCCCCUCUCAGCGCCUGUGAGCAGCCGCGGGGGCAGCGCCCUCGGGGAGCCGGCCGGGCGGCGGCGGCGGCAGCGGCGGCGGGCCUCGCCUCCUCGUCCGGCUUCGGAGAGAGACGGUGGAAGCCGUGGGCUCGGGCGGGAGCCGGCGCAGGCUCGGCGGCUGCACCUCCCGCUCCUGGAGCGGGGGGGAGAAGCGGCGGCGGCGGCCGCGGCUCCGGGGAGGGGGUCGGAGUCGCCUGUCACCAUUGCCAGGGCUGGGAACGCCGGAGAGUUGCUCUCUCCCCUUCUCCUGCCUCCAACACGGCGGCGGCGGCGGCGGCACGUCCAGGGACCCGGGCCGGUGUUGAGCCUCCCGUCCGCCGCCGCCGCACCCCCCCUGGCCCGGGCUCCGGAGGCCGCCGGAGGAGGCAGCCGCUGCGAGGAUUAUCCGUCUUCUCCCCAUUCCGCUGCCUCGGCUGCCAGGCCUCUGGCUGCUGAGGAGAAGCAGGCCCAGUCGCUGCAACCAUCCAGCAGCCGCCGCAGCAGCCAUUACCCGGCUGCGGUCCAGGGCCAAGCGGCAGCAGAGCGAGGGGCAUCAGCGACCGCCAAGUCCAGAGCCAUUUCCAUCCUGCAGAAGAAGCCUCGCCACCAGCAGCUUCUGCCAUCUCUCUCCUCCUUUUUCUUCAGCCACAGGCUCCCAGACAUGACAGCCAUCAUCAAAGAGAUCGUUAGCAGAAACAAAAGGAGAUAUCAAGAGGAUGGAUUCGACUUAGACUUGACCUAUAUUUAUCCAAAUAUUAUUGCUAUGGGAUUUCCUGCAGAAAGACUUGAAGGUGUAUACAGGAACAAUAUUGAUGAUGUAGUAAGGUUUUUGGAUUCAAAACAUAAAAACCAUUACAAGAUAUACAAUCUAUGUGCUGAAAGACAUUAUGACACCGCCAAAUUUAACUGCAGAGUUGCACAGUAUCCUUUUGAAGACCAUAACCCACCACAGCUAGAACUUAUCAAACCCUUCUGUGAAGAUCUCGACCAGUGGCUAAGUGAAGAUGACAAUCAUGUUGCAGCGAUCCACUGCAAAGCUGGGAAGGGACGGACUGGUGUCAUGAUUUGUGCAUAUUUAUUGCAUCGGGGCAAAUUUUUAAAGGCACAAGAGGCCCUAGAUUUCUAUGGGGAAGUAAGGACCAGAGACAAAAAGGGAGUAACUAUCCCCAGUCAGAGGCGCUAUGUAUACUAUUACAGCUACCUGCUAAAGAACCACCUGGAUUACAGACCAGUGGCGCUGCUGUUUCACAAGAUGAUGUUUGAAACUAUUCCGAUGUUCAGUGGCGGGACUUGCAAUCCUCAGUUUGUGGUCUGCCAGCUAAAGGUGAAGAUCUACUCCUCCAAUUCAGGACCCACGCGGCGGGAGGACAAGUUCAUGUACUUUGAGUUCCCUCAGCCGUUGCCUGUGUGCGGUGACAUCAAAGUAGAGUUCUUCCAUAAACAGAACAAGAUGCUCAAAAAGGACAAAAUGUUUCACUUUUGGGUAAAUACGUUCUUCAUACCAGGACCAGAGGAAACAUCAGAAAAAGUGGAGAAUGGAAGUCUUUGUGAUCAGGAAAUUGACAGUAUUUGCAGUAUAGAGCGUGCUGAGAACGACAAAGAGUACCUAGUACUCACCUUAACAAAAAAUGAUCUUGACAAAGCAAACAAAGACAAGGCCAACCGAUACUUUUCUCCAAAUUUUAAGGUGAAAUUAUACUUUACAAAAACAGUAGAGGAGCCGUCAAAUCCAGAGGCUAGCAGUUCAACUUCUGUGACACCAGAUGUUAGUGACAAUGAACCUGAUCAUUAUAGAUACUCUGACACCACUGACUCUGAUCCAGAGAAUGAACCUUUUGAUGAAGAUCAGCAUUCACAAAUUACAAAAGUCUGAUUUUUUUUUUUUUAUCAAGAGGGAUAAAUACCAUGAAAAAAAACUUGAAUAAACUGAAAUGGACCUUUUUUUUUUUUUUUUUUUUUUAAAUGGCAAUAGGACAUUGUGUCAGAUUGCAGUUAUAGGAACAAUUCUCUCUUCCUGACCAAUCUUGUUUUACCCUAUACAUCCACAGGGUUUGACACUUGUUGUGCAGUUGAAAAACCUUGUGUAGCUGUGUCAUGUAUAUACCUUUUUGUGUCAAAAGGACAUUUAAAAUUCAAUUAGGAUAAAUAAAAAUGGCACUUUCCCAUUUUAUUCCAGUUUUAUAAAAAGUGGAGACAGACUGAUGUGUAUACGUAGGAGUUUUUCCUUUUAUUUUCUGUCACCAGCUGAAGUGGCUGAAGAGCUCAGAUUCCCAGGUUCACGUCCUACCCCCUUGCACUUGUGGCAACAGAUAAGUCUUCAGUUGGCUAGGAGAAGUUUCUACAGGGUUUUGCUACAUUCUAAUGCAUGUUCUUGGGUUGAGGGAAUGGAGGAAAUGCUCAGAAAGGCAUAUUUUUAGCUGGGCUCUGGACCAUAUACCAUCUCCAGCUACUUACAAGCACCUUUCUUUAGCAUGCUACAGUUACUAAUCUGGACAUCGAAGGAAUUGGCCGCUGUCACUGCUUGUUGUUUGUGCAUUUUUAAGAGCAUUAUUGGUGCUAGAAAAGGCAGCUAGAGCGAUUAAAUUUGUAUUGGGGUACAGGAAUGAACCUUCUACAGCAUCUUAAGAAUCUACAAAUGAAGGGAUAUGAAAAUAAGGUGGUCAUAGAUAAGAGACACAGCAACAAUGACUUAACCAUACAAAUGUGGAGGCUAUUAACAAAGAAUGGCUGGAAACAGAAAAAUUGACAAUGAUUUAUUCAGUAUGCUUUCUCAGUUGUAAUGACUGCUCCAUCUCCUCUGUAUUCAAGGCCAAUGCUAAAAGUCAGAUGCUGUUAGUACCUACAUCAGUCAACAACUCACAUCUUUUUUAUUAGUUUUCAAUCAUACACCUACUGUGGAUGCUUCAUGUGCUGGCUGCCAGUUUCUUUUUCUUGUUCAAUAUAAAAUAUUUUGUAAUUCUUCACAGGAAAUUUCAAUUUGAGAUUCAACAGUAAGCAGUUUUUUUCUAUAAAGAGGAUGAUGCACUUACUCAGUCCAGUAGUCGUCAGAUGCCCCACCCUUUUGACCUUACACAUUCUAUUACAAUGAGUUUUGCAGUUUUGCACAUUUUUUAAAUGUCAUUAACUGUUAGGGAAUUUUACUUGAAUACUGAAUACAUAUAAUGUGUAUAUUAAAAAGUCGUUGUUUGUGUUAAAAAGGAAAUUAGAGUUGCAGUAAAUUUUCAGCACUGCACGAAUAAUAAGGCAUUUAAGUUUUUCAGUAGAAAUUGUCCUGCAGAUGCUUUAUCGACUUGCUAUUGAAAGAGUAGAUCUUUUUUUAAUGUGCAGUGUUGAGUCACUUCUUUAUAGUGUAGAGUUGGGAUUAGGGCUUCAAUUUUACUUCUUAAAUAUCAUUAUAUGUUGGAUAUGCCCAGACUGCAUACAAUUUAAAGCAAGAGUACAACUACUAUUGUAAUGGUAAUGUGAAGAUACUAUUAAAAAGGAUUUUUUUUUCCUGGGAAUUUGGUGUCUUUCAAAUUAGACCUUGACCUUGACAUUUGAAUAUCCAGCCAUUAUAUUUCUUAAUGGUGUGAAGUCCCAUUUUCAAUAACUUAUUGGUGCUGAAAUUGUUCACUAGCUGUGGUCUGACCUAGUUAAUUUACAAGUACAGAUUGCGUAGGACCCACCAGAGAAGCAUUUAUAGUUUGAUGGUAAGUAGAUUAGGCAGAACGUCAUCUAAAAUAUUCUUAGAAAAUAAUGUUGAUGUAUUUUCCAUACCUCAUCAGUUUCAUUCAACCAAUAAAAUUUUUAAAAUUGUAACAAAGCUCUUAGGAUUUACACAUUUAUAUUUAAACAUUGAUACAUGAAUAUCGAUGACUGUUGAUAAAGUGAUAAAGUCAGAGACAACUUUUCCUAAACUCUCACCGUUGAAAUUUGUAUGCCACCUUGUGUUUCCUAAAAGCUGAAGUGGUGACUAAAAUGAAAAGCAGCUAUUAGUGUUUUGGAGAUAGUGAUAAACACUGUUCUUUGUUAGUUUUGGGCACAGCAUGCUAAACUAUAACUUGUAUUGUUCCAAUAUGUAACACAGAGGGCCAGGUCAUGAAUAAUGACAUUACAAUGGGCUGUUGCACUGUUAAUAUUUUUCCUUUGGAAUGUGAAGGUCUGAAUGAGGGUUUUGAUUUUGAAUGUUUCAGUGUUUUUGAGAAGCCUUGCUUACAUUUUAUGGUGUAGUCAUUGGAAAUGGAAAAAUGGCAUUAUAUAUAUAUUAUAUAUAUAAAUAUAUAUUAUACAUACUCUCCUUCCUUAUUUCAGUUACCAUCCCCAUAGAAUUUGACAAGAAUUGCUAUGACUGAAAGGUUUUUGAGUCCUAAUUAAAACUUUAUUUAUGACAGUAUUCGCGAUUAGCCUGAAAUGCAUUCUGUAGGUAAUCUCUCCCGUGUUUCUGGAAUGCUCUCUUAGACUUGUUGGGUGUGCAGCAGCUUACGUGUCUGAAAUGACUUGAAGACACCAUCUUUUAAGAAGGCUUACAGUUGGGCCCUGUGCCAUCCCAAGUCCUCUGUAAUUCCUCGUGGACAUUUUUGCCAUAAUUGUAAAAGGGUAGUUAGUUGAAUUUAGUAACAUCACCAUUCUUUGCUGUGGCACAGGUUAUAAACAUAAGUGGAGUUUACCGGCAGCAUCAAAUGUUUCAGCUUUAAAAAUAAAAGUAGGUUACAAGUUACAUGUUUAGUUCUAGAAAAUUUGUGCAAUAUGUUCAUAACGAUGGCUGUGGUUGCCACAAAGUGCCUCGUUUACCUUUAAAUACUGUUAAUGUGUCAUGCAUGCAGAUGGAAGGGGUGGAACUGUGCACUAAACUGGGGGCUUUUACUGUAGUAUUUGGCAGAGUUGCCUUCUACCUGCCAGUUCAAAAGUUCAAUCUGUUUUCAUAUAGAAUAUAUAUACUAAAAAACUGAGUCUGUAAAACAGCCUUACUCCGAUUCAGCCUCUUCAGAUACUCUUGUGCUGUGCAGCAGUGGCUCUGUGUGUAAAUGCUAUGCACUGAGGAUACACAAGUAUGACGUGUACAGGAUAAUGCCUCAUGCCAAUCAGAUGUCCAUUUGUUACUGUGUUUGUUAACAACCCUUUAUCUUAGUGUUAUAAACUCCACUGAAAGCUGAUUAAAGUCUCAUUCUUGUCAUUGUGUGGCUGUUUUAUUAAAUGAGAGUAUUUAUAAUUCAAAUUACUUAAACCCAUUGAAAUGUUCAGUAAUGGGCAGCCAAAUACGAUUGCAAAGUUCCUGUAGGUUUUUCAGUUUUUUCCCCCUCCUCAGUGUUCUUCAUAGCCGACUAUUAGAAAAGCAUGCCUUUUGUCAGCUCGGGAGUAGACUCCUAUCUGUCUACUCGUGGCUAAGAGAAGCACUUAGAGCCUGAGUUAGUCAUCACGUCAUAAAUUAUUCCAGGCACAGUAAGGAAUAUAUUAAUCUUGAAAAAGUUAAAGGUUUUUUGAAAAAAAAAAAAAACAGUGCUUAUUUCUGUUUUAUAAAACCAGAUAUCUGAAGAUAGGUGUUUCCCCUCCUCCCCCCAUGGGCUUACUGUCCAGGUCUGUUCUGUGGCUUUCUGUUGUCUAACUCAGCAGUUGGCUAUCAGCACAUGGGAGGCUUCAUCAGGACUUGCCCCAUAGGAAGAUGAAUGUUCGGAAUAAUGGGCUCAAAUAUAAUCUCGUUUCUUAUAUUCUUAAAGGUUAAAGAACAAGGCAGAGCCUUUCAGGGGACAGUAAGGUCAUUUGUGAGAGUGUAGUUUGUACAGAUGUUUUCAAAGGAAGCAGACCAUUCAUGCCACUGUGGAAUUUUAAUGUUACAUAAAGUUUAUAGUUUCUCUGUGACCUUUUUUAAAAAGUAAAUUGAGUAACAUGUAAUUAUGUAAAGAGAUUUGAAGAUUGAAUGAAUUCACACAUUUUCUUUAGAUUUCUUAGGUAGUGCAUAUGGGUUAAAACUUGAAUAUAAAGGUAUUUUGAUUUAUAAGAUGUUUGAUGUUUGAUUACCAGUUUCCUGGUGUUUUGCUUUUAGAUCAUAUCCCCAUUCUACUGUAAUUUGAACUAGCUUGGUUCAGUGAAUGCCAUCACCAUUUCCAUUGAGAAUUUAAAAAUCACCAGUGUUUAACAUGCAGGCUUCUGAAAGGCUCCCC